GCGAUUUCCCCCGCCACCUCCCUUUCCCCCAAAGCAACCCCGUGCUGCCGCAACGCGACAGCACCGAACCAAGUAGCGAACAACUCGCUGCCUGGUUCUCCCCACCCCACCUGCAGUACCAUGUUCAUCCUCAAGAAGAACCGCUUGGCGGUUUACUCGUACCUCUUCAAGGAGGGAGUCCUUGUGGCCAAGAAGGACUUCUUCAAGGCGAAGCACGAUGAGAUCGAGGACGUGCCUAACCUCGAGGUGCUGGCGCUCAUGAAGUCCAUGAAGAGCCGCGGACUCGUACGCGAGACCUUCAACUGGCAGUACUUCUACUGGUACUUGACCGUGGAGGGCAUCGAGUACCUUCGGGAGUACCUGCACCUCCCGGAGGAGAUCGUGCCCGCGACCCUCAAGAAGAGCGCGUCUCGCCCCGCGCGCCCGGGACCCGCGCCUGGCGGAGACCGCGAUGGUGGCCGCGGCGGCUACGGCGGCGGCGGCGACCGCUUUGGCGACAAGAAGAUGGGCCCGGGAGGAGACUUCAACCCCGAGUUCCAGAGGGGCGGACAGGACGGCUACCGCCGUGGGGGUGGCUUCGGCCGCGGCGGCGGCGGCGACUAAGCUCCACGCCCUGCUAGGGCCCUAGGCGCGCGCACCUACGAAGCUCUGUUGGUAGCUAUAGCACUGUGGGAGCGAUCCCGGCGAUUCCGGGCAGGCUCUGCAUCAAUACCGCCGGCGCUUGCCUCGCGAUCGCAUGUCCAUCGAAAGGAUCAUGUGUCGUUGCGAGGGGGGACGAGUAGAUAGUGACACGACCUCGGCGCGCGCGCCACGCCAGAGCAUGCGAGUCUUGGUGUUGGCUUGGGUGUAAGGCGAGGCGUUGUGUGUGGUAGUCUUGGUUGUUGCUGCUUCUGCUGUCUCCUUUUGGGUCGCCGGGAGGCACGUGCAUGCGAUCGGUCGCUGUCGUUUUGCUUGCCACGGUGACAGGCAUCAAUAAUCAAGAAGCGGAUUAGGGGGGAAUCGGAACAGCCCGAACGCGUUCGAGCUGUAUACAUACCUGUGCAUCUGCCCUUGUGUGGGUCUUGGCUGCACACCUUGGAUGGCACCGUCAUGGCGGGUGCGAACACCACGGCGCCCCUGGCAGCACGCUCACUCACGUGUGUGGGGUCUUGGCCUCAUGCAGUCUUGUAUGAGCCAUGUGCUUGUACUGUACUACAGCAUUGUCGUUCCCUUUUGUCGCCACAUGCUCGCAAUCUCUGUCCUUCG